ACCAUGAUGAAAUCAUUCAGUUUUUGUGAUUCGUUGAGUGUACACAUCAUCGUUGUAAAGAGUGUUAAAACGUUGAACUCUACUCAAAGUGAAAGCUUUUGUUGUCCAGCAGUUUUGUUUUUUUUUUGAGAAAGACAAAUAAAAAGUUACAAACUGAAUCCAACGAAUUCAAAAAUUCAGACGGUCGCCAUUUUGAAAUUUCUUUUCUCGAUCGCAAUACAAAGAAAGACUCUCAAACGAAACCAAACUACUUACCACACAAUGUUUUGAAAAUACGAUAAUCAAGAUUUACGUGUGGCGGCCAUUUUGACAACGGCCUUAAUAAGCGCUGAAUGAGAUAUGCGUAUGAAACAACUGGAACGAGCAUUGAAAUGGGCCAAACUAAAUUUAGAUAUUCGUCAACAAAGUGAAUCAAAAUCAGUCAAAGAAAAGGAAAAGCUAAAGCAAGAAGUUGGCGAUAUGUGGAAUAGUGAAUUGAGUGAAUUAGAUGAAUUUAUAAAUAGUUUGAGCCAAAUAAAAACAUCGAUAGUGCAAUAAACAGCUAGAGGAAGAUAGAGAGAGAGGAAGAGAGAAGAAAAAAACCAAUAACGUGGCCUAGUAUUUUGUGAUCUAGUUAAAUUCAAAUGCUCCAUGACAACAAAAUCGAUGCAAUACAUAGAUGCAAAUCAAAAUAUCGUAGCGAAUUCAAAGAUGCCCGGUGUGCAAGUUGUAAAUAUGCGACCAAAUGAACCAUCGACACAGAAUAAAACGGUUUCACCUCGAGUAGUUAUCAAUCCACACAUGGUGGCGACGAGGCCGGCCAAUCCCGGUAUUACGUUAAGUGCAUUGCAAACGGGACAACCGGGUUCGGCGCUGCUACUCAAAACGGAAAAUGGGCAAUAUCGUUUACUGCAUGUCGGCCCAUCAACGCAAACAACACAACAAAAUCUACCAAAUAGUGGUGUAAAUCCAACAAUUCGUAUACAAACGGUUCCAUCUGUAAGUAGAUUCACCGGACCACCAUUAGCACUCAGAAAAACAAUUGUAACUCAGCAGCCAGUGAAAACGAAGCAGGUGUCAACGGCAACACCAAUAGUUGUAAAUUCGGUUCACACAACGUCAGCAAUAAAUACAGUGACUAGAUCUCGAGAGAGUAUCAAUACAAGUCAAUUACCGCCAAUAGCCACCGUAGCACCUGUAUCUCAUACAAUCCAACAAGCAGCAUUAACACCUCAGCCUCAAAUUCAAACGCAGCAAGUGAAUGCACCAAACGCGGUGCCAGCUAGCAUUGUUACAACGAGUGCAACUCCUUCGCAUGCCAAUUUAAAUAAUACCAAAGAGAAAUGUCGGAAAUUUUUAUCUAAUUUAUUGGAAUUGUCGAGCAGAGAACCAAAACCGGUUGAACAAAAUGUUCAGGAACUUAUACAAGAACUGAUCGAUGCAAAUGUGGAACCAGAUCAAUUUUGCGAUCGACUUGAACGUUUAUUAAACGCAAGUCCGCAACCAUGUCUCAUUGGCUUUUUAAAGAAGAGUUUACCGCUCCUUCGACAAUCGUUAUGUAGGAAGGAACUGACGAUUGAGGGAAUAAAACCGCCACCGCAUAAUGUUGCAUUCGGACCAUAUACAACGUCGAAUAUUGCCGCUCAAGUUAGACCUGUAGUUAAUUUACCAGCAGCAGCCGUUCGUAUGGUUCCCCAAACAACACGACCAGCAAUCACUAAACAUACUGCCCCAGUUCGGCUUCGAUUGAAUCCUGUGCAGACAAACGUUGAACCCAAUGGAGCGAUUCAAGCGCCUAUAAAUGUGCCGAGAAUGAUGAAUUCCACACAAAUCCGUGCUUCAAGUGGUGCAGCAAUCAUACAACAGCAUCCUGCAAAUGUACAAAUUCAAUCACAUCCGCCAGCUUUACAUCCCGUCAGCCAAAAUGCUUUUGCACCAGGUGGAGCACAGAUACGUGCCACAAAUGUAUCUCUUGCGCGUUCGUCUCCAGCUACAGUUCAAAUUAGACAAACGGUAAUGGAAAAUGGUGCACACAUCAUUCAACAUAAUGCAAAAAUGUUGAAAACGACUGCCGUAGGUAAUACAAUUCAACAACAGUCAGUAACACCAACGAUAAAAGUGGGAUCAACGCAAAUAAAACCGAUAAUCAAUACAUCAAAUGCAGCACAGCCACAACCAAUUAUCAUAUCACAGCCACCUGUUCCAAAGCUGGAGGCAUCAGAACCAAUGAACAAAGGCACAGCUAAAGAUACUUCCGCAAAUACAACAUCUUCCACAAUAACAACACCUGCCUCACCGAAAAUGGUUCCGAUUAAAAACCAAUCGGGUUCAGCGUCAUCAAAAUCGAGCGCCGCAAACAAAGAAAAGGAACGAAAAGCAUCGGCUUCAUUUUUCCAACAAUCAUCAAUGUCUUCUUCGAUGUAUGGCGAUGACGAUAUAAACGAUGUUGCCGCUAUGGGUGGUGUCAAUUUGGCGGAAGAAUCACAGAGAAUUUUAGGUUCAACAGAGUUAAUCGGUCGUCAGAUUCGGUCGUGUAAAGAUGAAGUGUUCUUACAUUUGCCGGCGCUUCAAGCGCGAAUUCGUGGUAUCAUGAGCAAACAUGGUUUGGAUGAGCCAGGCAACGAAGUUGCUGUUCUCAUAUCGCAUGCAUGCCAAGAGCGUUUAAAAAAUAUCGUUGAAAAAUUGGCUGUGAUAGCCGAACAUCGAAUCGACAUAAUCAAAAUUGAUCCACGGUAUGAAAUUACGAAAGAUGUACGCGGUCAAAUUAAAUUUCUCGAAGAACUGGAUAAGGCUGAACAAAAACGGCACGAAGAACAAGAACGUGAAAUGCUAAUGCGUGCGGCUAAAUCAAGAUCAAAAACUGAGGAUCCUGAACAGGCCAAACUUAAAGCGAAGGCUAAAGAGAUGCAACGGGCUGAAAUGGAGGAGCUUCGGCAACGAGAUGCGAAUUUGACCGCUUUGCAAGCUAUUGGGCCACGUAAAAAACCAAAACUCGAGAAUGACACGACAAUUGCGGCGACGGCGGGAGGCAACACAUUAGGUAUCGGAGGCGCAACUGUACCACUUCGACCGCGUAUUAAGCGGGUCAAUUUACGAGAUAUGAUCUUUUAUUUAGAACAAGAGCGUGACACAUGUAGGAGCACAAUGCUGUAUAAAUCAUACCUCAAGUGAUGUAUUUUCCUUCGGACAUUUCGUAAUAAGAUAUACAUAAACAAUUACUUUUAACUUCAUCAAUAAAAAAAAAAAUGAUGACCGUGUAUUACUAUAGAGUAGAAAAAGCAAUAAUUUUUCGCAUUGGA